AACAGAUAGACAGGCGGGAGGUCGCCAGGUCUACCCGUCUCCGACGGUGGGGAGGUGGCGGUCGCCAGGUCUACCCUGUUACUGAACCGGACCCGGCGGUUGCCAGGUCUACCUGGCUCCGGCGGGUCUCCGGGUCGGCCCCGACUCCAGAACAGGAGGCGGUGGGUCGCCAGGUCUACCCCGACUCCAGAACGGGAGGCGAAAAAUGGCAUCUGAAGACAUCACUAGGCUUGCAGAGUCACUGGUCAAAACCAAAUUGGGUGGAGGACAGCUGAGCUUCAAAGGCCAGAGCCUUAAACUCAAUACAGCUGAAGAUGCUGAAGAAGUGAUCAAGCAAAUUGAGGAAUUUGAUGGCCUGGAAGCGUUGCGCCUGGAAGGCAACACGGUGGGUGUGGAGGCAGCAAAGGUCAUUGCCAAAGCCUUGGAGAAGAAAUCAGAGCUCAAGAGGUGUCAUUGGAGUGACAUGUUCACAGGGAGGCUAAGGUCUGAGAUCCCUCCUGCUUUGAUCUCUUUGGGUGAUGCACUCAUCACUGCUGGCGCCCAGCUGGUGGAGCUGGACCUGAGUGACAAUGCCUUUGGGCCAGAUGGUGUGCGUGGCUUUGAAGCGCUGCUGAAGAGCCCUGCAUGUUACACCCUGCAGGAACUCAAGCUCAAUAACUGUGGCAUGGGCAUCGGUGGAGGAAGGAUUUUGGCAGCUGCUCUGAAAGAAUGUCACAGGAAAUCAAGUGCCCAGGGCAAGCCUCUUGCUUUGAAAAUAUUUGUGGCUGGCAGAAAUCGUCUGGAGAAUGAUGGUGCCACUGCGCUGGCUGAAGCCUUUGGCAUCAUUGGGACUCUAGAAGAGGUCCAUAUGCCACAGAAUGGAAUUAACCAUCCUGGCAUCACAGCACUGGCCCAGGCCUUUGCUAUCAACCCACUCCUUAAGGUUAUAAACUUGAAUGACAACACCUUCACAGAGAAAGGAGCUGUGGCCAUGGCAGAGACUCUGAAGGCUCUUCGGCAGAUUGAAGUGAUUAACUUUGGAGACUGCCUGGUGCGUUCAAAGGGUGCUGUUGCUAUUGCUGAUGCUGUUAAAGAAGGGCUUCAUAAAUUAAAGGAACUGAAUUUGUCCUUUUGUGAGAUCAAACGAGAUGCUGCUCUGACUGUUGCUGAAGCUAUUGAAGAUAAGGCAGAGUUAGAGAAGUUGGAUCUCAAUGGUAACUGUCUGGGAGAAGAGGGAUGUGAGCAACUCCAGGAGAUCCUUGAAGGCCUCAACAUGGCAGCUGUGCUGGGAUCUUUGAGUGAUGAUGAAGGGGAAGAGGAGGAUGAUGAAGAGGAGGAGGAAGAGGAUGAAGAUGAAGAUGAAGAGGAACAACAGCAAGAGCUGAAUGAGCGAGAACAGGAAGAACAGAAGUCACUGACUCCUGAGAAGAUAAUUGGUUCACAGGAUUCAACUCCAGUGCCAUCUCCUCCUGUGGACAUUGCCACGUUCCUUGCUUUCCCCUCACCAGAGAAGCUGCUGCGGCUAGGACCGAAGCACUCUGUGCUGAUAGCUCAGCAGACAGACACAUCUGACAUAGAGAAACUAGUUACAACUCUCCUAAGGAUAUCUUCAGUCUUCAAAGAUGAAGCUCCAGUGAAAACAGCAGUGUAUGAAACAACAGAUGCCUUGAUGAGGAAAGCCUUCACUUCUUCCACAUUUAAUUCAGAUGCAUUUAUCACAAGCCUCUUGAUCCACAUGGGACUACUUAAGAGUGAAGAGAAGAUCAAAGCUGUUCCAAGCCUCUAUGGUAUUCUUAUGACCUUGAACCAUAUGGUCCAGCAGGAUUAUUUCCCGAAAUCCCUGGCACCAGUUCUCUCUGCUUUUGUCACAAAACCAAACCGUGCUCUUGACUCCUGUUCAUUUGCUCGCCACAUGCUCUUACAAACCCUCCAUCAGCUGUAAGAGACAAAAACCAUCUUGGCUGCGCCCUUCCCUCCUCAUGGGACUGUUGUUGACAGAGAACUCGGAGCUGCGUGGUGGGAGAGGAUCCCAGAGCCCAUACAGACAUCCUGUCCCUUUUUUUUUUUUUUUUCUUUUUUCCCCUCCCUCCCCGCCUCUCCCUGUAGGAGUUCUGUCCUUCCUUCUGCUUUCAUAAAUUUGGACAAAUCCUGCUGAAUUUUUUUUCCUGUUCCUCAUGAAGUGGCUCCCUGGUCUGCAGGGCAGGUACUUACGUUAGGAUGAGUCAGUGCUGCUCUGUGUCGGGGCAAUCCACAAUUUCAAUACAGGCUGAGAGAUGAUGUGAUUGAGAGCUGCCCUGCAGAGAAGCACCAGGGGGUGCUGAUUGAUGAGAAGCUUAACAUGAACCGGCAGUGUGUGCUCACAGCCCAGAAGGCCAACCGUAUCCUGGGCUACAUCAAAAGAAGCGUGGCCAGCAGGGCGAGGGAAGUGAUUCUGCCCCUCUAUUCCUCUAUUGUGAGACCUCAUCUGGAGUAUUGUGUCCAGUUCUGGAAUGCCCAACCUAAGGAGGAUAUGGAGCUUUGGAACAGGUUCAGAGGAGGACACAAAGAUGAUCAGAGGGCUGGAGCACCUCUGCUGUGAGGACAGGCUGAGAGAGUUGGGGUUGUUCAGCCUGGAGAAGAGAAGGCUGUAGGGAAACCUUAUAACAGCCUUCUAGUACCUGAAGGGGCUACAGGAAAGCUGGGGAGGGACUCUUUACAAAGGCUUGUAGUGACAGAAUGGGGAGGUAUGGCUUUAAAUUGGAGAGGGGAAGAUUUAGAUUAGACAUUAGGAAGAAAUUCUGCACAGUGAGGGUGGUGAGGCACUGGCACAGGUUGCUCAGGGAAGCUGUGGAUGCUCCCUCCCAGGAAGUGUUCAAGGCCAAGUUGGAUGGGGUCUUGAGCAGCCUGCUCUGCUGGGAGGUGUCCCUGCCCAUGCCAGGGGGGUUGGAACUGGAUGAUCCUUACGGUCCCUUCCAACCCAAGCUGUUCUAUGUUUUUGUGCGAAUUAGCAAGAAGGGUUCUCCGCUUUGGUUGCAUUGUCAAGACUCACACCAGGCCCAGAAGCCCUGAUCAUCAGGAUCAACCCAGUUGUGUAUUUUAUUUAUUUUAUUGGGCUGUGACUCCUGCCUGAUCACAGUCAACACUAUGCGAGAGGGAGACUACGCUGCUGCUGCCCCUGCUUCUCCAGGCCAGGGGAGUCCCUGACACCGACUCUGCUGCUGCUACUGGGUCGUAGGGGCAAGAUGUUCUCCCAUUUCUUCUUUCAAGUCCAUUUGUUGAAGGCAGCGUGUGGCUAAUCUGUAUUUUCCUAUGCUAGUUCCCUGCAGCUGUAGCUUGGAAUAUUUGUGUGGUGUGGCUGACCCUGGUGGCGAUUGCUUAAGGGAACAGGCAUAUUUUGUCCCUUAUUUUGCCAUUGCCUGUGUUGUUCCCUCUUCCUACCCUUCCCCUGUCCCUUUCCCUUCUCCUUCUCUUCCUAAUUAAAUAGGCUUGGUUUGGCAAUGAAUACACUCCAUGAAAUCCCCGUGGAAUAA